AUGUUCUCAUACUUCCUGAAGUACAUUUCGUCCCUCUGGACACCGCCCGUACUACCGCGCAUUCUGGUCAAAGUCAAACCAAGCACGGACGAGCUGUCAUUAUCAAGCAACGAGCCCUUCACGACAACGCUUCACGCUGUGGUCGAUGGCGACACUCCGCUCACAAUCGCGUAUCACGAUACUGUCCUUCAUCCUCGUGGCGGAGCGAUUGGGAGUGCUCUAGAUAGCGAAGGCUUGACAUUCGAGUGCACGAGGACCGGCCAGCUUGCCCAGCGACCGACACUCAACAUCUGUGACUUCACACACAGACCGGACGAGACUGCUUAUUCGAUCACUCAUAAUCUCUCCGCGCAAAAGUUUUGGCUCAAAGCUGGUGGUCGCAUGUCGGAUGCUGCCCUCGAGAUCUUCGACGUGGACCCGGAUGACCCCAGUCCACAGCCUCAGGACAUGUUGUUCAGACCGCACCUAGAUGACUUCGAAGUUGGCCGCACCUAUGAGAUCGGCCUGGGUAUCGAGAUGAAACGAGUCUGGUGGUGGCGUCGUGGCAGGAACAGCGUUGUCUUUGCGAAUGGUCCACAUAUCAUCGGCUCGAUACCACGAGAUGGACCCCCAUUGGAGAUGGAGCUGGUCAAUACAGCUCGGUUUACUGUGGUGGAGUAA